UUGGUCUGUGAUGGUUUGGUUCAAAGACCUGUUUGGUUCAAGGUUCAAGUUUGGUUGAUUUCGAUUUUCGUUCCAUUCGUAGUAUCUCUUACUAGUCUGUGGUUCCAUUCUCCAUUCGUUCAUGGUUCAUGAGUGAGAGUGGGUGUUUGUUGUGUUUACUAUUUGCCAUCUAGGUAUUUGCUGUCAGAAAUUAGAGCAAGACCUUCACCGGAGGAUAGUUUCUCUUAUGCAUCAUCAGUAGGUUAUGCGAUAUGACUGAGAAAUAUAACGAAUUAAAAAACUCGAACAGUCAACAAGGAAAAACACACAUUUACUCCAAGCGUAAGUCAUGGUUAUUUUGGUUGUCCGUGAUGGCGAUUAUGGCGUUGGCAUCGACGGCAGCAGGAAUAUUGAUUGCCGAGUUGAUACCCGGAGCUCGUACGUCGCCGAGGCCAGGACGCAGUGCCGUGCUCGUGUGCUACUAUACAACGCCGGACCCUCGCGCGACGCGUGCUCUUCUGCCCGCUGACAUUCACCCGCAUCUCUGCACUCACAUCAACGUCGCCUUCGCACAAGUUCUAAAUAAGCAAGUCAAACUAAAUAAUGAUCAGUUGCGAACCUUGGAAGAAGUUGUUAAACUGAAAUCUUCCAAUCCAGAUUUAAAAAUCUUACUAUCCAUUGGAGGAGCUGGAGAAAAUGAUGGAUUCUCAGAUAUGAUAGUGAACCAUGCAUCUAGGAAAACAUUUAUAAGAUCAAUCAAGGCUAUAUUAAGAAACUAUACACUGGAUGGUAUAGACUUGGAUUGGGAGUUUCCAGCAGUGCAUGGUGAAGUGCAGAUUAUAAACAAACGUCAACGACAGCAUUUUUCCCAGCUUUUGCAUGAAAUUCGAGCUGAAUAUAUUAGAGAAAAAAGGCCGUAUUUACUGACUGUGGCAGUUGCUGCCCCUAAAACUAUUGUAGAUUUUGCAUAUGAUGUAGAUCAGUUAAAUCAAUAUGUCGACUUUGUAAAUAUUAUGACAUAUGAUUUCCACUACUUCACGAAAUUCACUCCUUUCACUGGACUUAACUCUCCUCUUUAUGCAAGAGUGUCAGAGCAGCUCUAUAUGGCUACUCUCAAUAUUAACUACACUGUCAACAUGUAUGUGAAUAAAGGUCUCAAUAGAGAUAAAAUUGUAGUGGGUAUACCAACAUACGGUCACACUUUCACCUUGGUUAAUCCUGACAAUGGUGCAAUUGGAAGCCCUGCAUCAGGUUAUGGUGCUCUAGGAUCUCUGGGUUUUGUAGACUACCCGGAUGUCUGCACAUUUAUACAAAAUUUCAAAUCUGAAGUAGUGCUCAAGCAAGAUAAAGAUGCAAAAGUGCCAUACCUAUACAAGGAUAAUGAGUGGGUUUCCUAUGACACUCCUGAAAGUGUUUUGGAAAAAGCCAAGUUUAUUAAAGAAAGCCAGUUACAUGGGGCUAUGAUAUAUUCAUUAAACGCUGAUGACUACCGAGGUGUAUGUAAAGGGGAGGCAGGUAACAAUGCCAAGUUUCCUCUGGCUCAGGCUGCAAAGAAAAACCUAAUUGGCCCAUAUGUUUUAUGAUAUAAAGGUAGAGAGAAAUUAAUAUCAUUCCAAUAUCAAUGAAAAUAAUUUGUUAAUAUGCAUUUGAAUGAAAUAGUUAUUAUUAUGUAUGUAGUACAUGUACCUGUUUCUUUUUUGCCACGUAUGUGAUCUUGUACAUGGUGCAAGAUCUCAUGGUUCAGGGCUGAGGAGCGCGAGGCGGGCGGCGGGCGCGACAUGCGGCGGCAGUGAGCGACAUAUGUGGUGGCAGUGAUCAGGCGCGGUGACGGCCCACGCGCGCUCGAGGCGGCACGCGGCGGACUGCAGCCUGCCACGCGCCGUCGCCGCGUGCUCAUCCACUCAGAACCUCACGCGCGCAUUCAUUACCUUCUUAUUAACUUUUACAGUUGGAAAAAAAUGUAACAGUUUCAUAUACGGCUAAUAUUUCCGCUUGACGGCCUGCCAUAGUGGCCCUCACUGGAUAGUUUAUUAAAUUAAUGCCAUGUUAUUUAUUAAAAGAAUAUAUUCUUAACAGUUCCUAUGCAUAAUGAUGUUCAUAAAGGAUAUAGGUAUUUUAAAAUUAACUAUGAAUAAUAUGCUAUGCACUAUUUAUUAAAAAAGUGUAUGUAGUGAUUGUGAUGAUGGCUGUGAUUAAUUAGCAUUAUAUUUUGAACACUGCAACUGUGACACUGAAUAUUAUUAUUCCUUAUUCUAUGACUGAAGGCAGAAACUAGUCGACAUUGGGCGCCAUAUUAGAAGUUACGGAAUGCACAGUGGGCGCUGCUGUGGCCUUCAUUUUAGUAUAAGUAAUCGAAAUCACUAAGUAUGUGGGCAGUGUGACAUCGAAAUCCAUAAUAUAUUAUGUUCUAAAAACACGUAUAUUAAUUACGCUAUAAAGAAGAUAUUUUAUUAACAUUCAAUUAUAAUGUCAUGAAUGAUCUAUAAGUUUCGUUGACGAUGCGAUCUCGCUAAGUAUUGCAAUUAGUUUUCAACACAGUUAAAGAAGUGCUGCUGGAUUGUUUGUAUGCAAUAAAUAUUAUACACCUAACUAAAGUCUAUGUUUUUGAUUUGGAAUUCGAUUUUAUAGGGAUGUUUUAAUUAUUCGUGACAAGGUAACAGUGAAUGUGGAUUCAUUUAAGUGUAUUGUUUGGGUCAGGUUGUUUUGUUAUUAAAAGAUUGUUUAAAAAUA